AUGGAACUGGACUGGGAACGCCUCAACGCCAUAUUCAAGCCCCGUCAGGAUAUUCUCGAUGGCAUAAAGAGAUGCGCAGAAACACCUGGAAAGGUCGCCUUGUUCAAUGAGAUUGCGUCGCACGUCCACGCCAAACUUUCGGAUAAUGGAGAGCCUGAGGCGAAGAGACGAAAGGUUCAGGCUGGCGGCAGCACCAAUGGGGUCACGAAUGGCUCCUCCGCAGCUGGGAAUCCGGCCGACGACCCUAUCCUUCUGCAGGUAAAAGAGAUAUCAGUCUCAGUGCCGCAGAGGAAAAAGUUUGAGCUAUGCUUCACACAAAAUUACCUAUACGCCCGCGCGCCAGGAACAGCAGUCCCUAUCCAGGGCAUGACCUAUGCCUGGACCGACAUUGAAUUUGCCUUUUAUCUCCCUGUCCCCGAAAAGGCGCAGGUACAACACAACUACAUCCUGUUCCCGCGCGGCUCGACGAUACCCCCCAAGUCCGGACCGGCGACCAUCGAACCGCUCGUCUUCACAGUCCCCGCCACGGCGCCCAAGGAGGGCACGGUAGCGGGCAGCGAGGCUGGCUCGGCCGCGGCCGUCUCGGACACGUACAAGGCCCUGUUCCACUGGGCACUCAGCCGACGCCUGCGCGCCGCCGGCAGCGACGUCACCAUCGUCGCGUCGGACCCCAACAAGUUCCACAGCAUGGUCCGGCAACCGCACCGGCCCAACGAAAAGGCGGUGCAUGUAAGCGGGUUCCGCGGCUCCAAGGAUGGCUACCUGUUCUUCCUGGAGAACGGCAUCCUGUGGGGCUUCAAGAAACCACUCAUCUUCAUCCCGCUCAAGCGCAUCGCCGCUGUGAGCUACACCAACAUCCUCCAAAUCACGUUCAACAUUGUCGUCGAGGUAUUUCCCGAGGAAGGGGGCGAGGUAGAUGGGGCGGACGGCAACGAGGAGUAUGAGUUCGGUAUGGUGGACCAACAGGACUACGGCGGCAUCGACGACUACGUCAAGCGCAACGGCCUGCAGGACCGCAGCAUGGCCGAGCAGCGCAAGGGCAAGCUGCAGCUGGCGGAGAACAAGGCCAAGAAGGGCGCCAACGGUGAGGCAGAGGCGGAGGGAGACGGCAUGACGGAGCUUGAGAGGGCCGCGCUGGGCGAGGACCUGGAUGACGACGACGAGGAUGAGGAGGACUACAACCCCGGCAGUGAUGAUGGGAGCGAUGGAUCGGGAGAGUCUAGUGAGGAGGACGAUGACGAUGAUGACGAUGCCGGCGAGGAUGACGAGGAGGGUGAAGGAGCCGGCGACGAAGAAGAGGAGGAUGGAGAGGGCGAGGAAGCCAAGGAUCUGUCGAUUAGAUAA